AUGCUUGUCCAAGUCGGCGGACAUCCAGGCACCGUACACGAUCAUGGCGCAUGGGUGAUCAAGUCGUGUUUAGAGACAGAAGCGAUGUUUUAUCAUGCCACGUACCAUACUGAUCCUGACGAGGAGGCGGCAUUGAUACGUGCGAAAAAUGCACUCCAGGACUACUUGCCUGCCUGUGUCGGCAUCGCAGAUCCCCAGGGAGUAUGGCUUCCUGGGUGGCCCACACAUGCUUCCACCCCUCCCCCCAUUCCUGGAGCCUACUCCAUUGCCCUAGAGAACUUGACAGCGCCGUUUCGUCAUGCGAAUGUAUGUGAUAUCAAACUCGGGACCAUUCUGUACAAUGAAACAAACCCUAUGAUUUCAGACGAAAAGCGCGAGCGUAUGCAGCGAAAGGCUCAAGAGACAACAAGUGCGAAAUUUGGUUUGCGUAUUACCGGCUGGUGUACGUACGAUGCUGCAACAGAUACCAUGCACCGAACCGAUAAGCAGCCAGGCCGAGCCGCACGGACCAAGUCGGACGUGGCGCGGUUGCUCAUAGACGCCUUGCAGUUGAAGGACGCACGGUAUGCACGUAUUGUGCGAGAGGCGAUGCUGCCCCGCCUCGACGCUCUACGCACCUCACUACAAUCGAUUCCUGUACAGCUACGGAGUACGAGUGUUCUUCUGGUGAUGGAAGGCGACCCUGUCUCGCUCAACAGGGGCCGUACUUCGCCGCCCGUGGAUGUACGGCUCAUUGACUUGGCACACUCACACUGGUCGAAUACGCCAGACGAGGGUGUACAGCGUGGACUGAACUUGCUGUACGAACUAUGCCGUGAUCUAUGUACGCAACUGCUCGGCUAA